GCGACCCGAUGCACGCCCGCAUCCCGCCUCCGGGAGGGGGGGGCCCGCCGGACUCGGCGUCCUGCUGCUGGCCCUCCUGGGCGGCCCGGACGGGCGGCGGCUGCUGGCCGCGGCGCUGCUCGGCGUGCCCCUGUUCAUGGUGAACGUCAUGCAGUUUGUGAACGUGCCUGGGCUGGGCCUCCAGGCCAGCCGCAUCUCCUGUGUGGUCCUGCUCGCCCGCGCCGUCGAACUGGGCGGGGUCUUGGUUUGCUCUGGCGCCUUCGACAUCGUGCAGAGCUGCGCCCACCACAGGGACUGUGGCACGCAUCACGCCUCCAAUCUGCUGUCGUUCUGGUUCAAGUGGCACCGGCCGUGGAUGUCUGGCUGGAUGGCUGCGGGCGUUCUGUACUAUGUGCUGCUGGCCGUCUACACCUGCAGGGCCAAGCGGGGCGCCGAUCUCCACAGCUCUGUGGCCGCUGGCGAGGUGGAGGACGUGAAGCAGCUCCUCUGCAGCUCUGAGCUUGUCCUGGACAUCAACCGCCACGGCCCCGACGGCCGGACGCCGCUGCACCUGGCCGCGCUGACGGGGCACAUGGAGUGCGCCCGCCUGCUGAUAAGGGAGCGCGCCGACAUGGGCAUGUGCACCAGGAACCGGGCGCAGAACUCGGUGCUCCACCUGGCCGCCAGGAGCAGGCAGCCCGCCUUGAUCCGGUACCUUUGCCGCACCAGCGGCCACAGCCCCGGGUUCCUCAACGCGGCGAACGCGGAGGGCGACACGGCCCUGCACGUGGCGGCCAGGUGCCAGAACGUGGACGCGGUGCACGAGCUUCUUCGGCAGGGCGCGGACGUGCGGGCCACCAACCUCCGGGGCAGGACUGCCAGCGACUGCGUCCAGUCGGGCGGCUGGGACUUCUACCGCCACAGCCCCGAGAGCCGCGUCCUGGAGCUGCUGCGGCUCGCCGAAGCCGGCCAACACCUGGAGAUGACCCCGCCGUCCUCGCGCAGCGGCAGCAUGGUGGAGGGCCGCGCCAGCGCCGCCUCGGCCUCCAGCGACGGCCCCAGGAGCCGCGGCUGCCCCGACGCCUCGGCGUGGCCAGCGCCGG